AUGAACGUUAACGUAACCGACGAUUUCAACACGGCGCAAGGCCAGCAAUGGCUCCAAAGCAUACAUGACUACAGAGUCCCCCUGCUUGUCGUAGCAACAUGCCUCAUUGCCGUCCUCCUCAGCAGACCUUUCAGCAAUAGCAAAUCCGACAAUGAAGGCGGCUUACCUGCUUCUCGCCUCUGGCAAUGGGAUUCUUUCCUGGGUCUAGAUACCGUAUAUGGCCAGAUGACAGCGCUGAAGACAGACACCUAUCUCGACUGGCUCCAAGCUCUUCACAAAGGCCACAAGAAAUCCAAGACUUUCUCCCUCCAGUUCUUCACGGGGCGCUGGAUUUACACUAUCGAGCCGGACAUCCUCAAAGCCGUCUACUCGACCAAAUUCAAGGACUUCGGCGUCGAGCCCAUCCGCCGCAACUCCAAGUUCACUAUGCCCUUCGCCGAUAAGGGUGUCAACACAACGGACGGCGAGGAUUGGCAGUUCAGUCGCGCACUGAUUCAGCCAUUUUUCGAGCGCGAUGUGUACCACGACACUGGCCGUAUCGAGUCUUUUGCUGAUUCUUUCAUGGCCCUGUUUCCGGCCGUCGACGGCGAGACCUUUGAUGUGCAGCCGUUGCUGCAGAGAUGGUUCUUGGAUAUCAACAGCGACUUCAUCUUCGGCAAGUCAAUGGACUCGCUGAUUGAUCCAUCCAAGGUCAAGUUUGCGACUGAUAUGGUGACUGCGCUGCGAGGCGCACGUUUGCGAGCCCAAUCCCACCGUUUUAUGUGGGCUUUCAAUUGGGGCUGGUGGCUCGAGGCUAUCAACGACAUUCACGCAAUUGUCAACGCCCACAUUAUCGCCACAUAUAAGGAAUUGGACGAGCGGGACCUGGCCCGCAAGAAUGGCCAAGAGCUUGGCCCGGAACGUACUGAUCUUCUUUGGAUCAUGGCCCAGCAGAUGAGAAACGACCUUGAGGGACUGCGCUCCCAGGUCUGUCUCAUUAUCGUGCCAACGAAUGACACCACGUCUAUGUUCAUCGCCAACUGCAUCUGGUACCUUGCUCGACACCCUGAGGCGUGGGAAAAACUGCGCCAAGAGGUAGCUGAGCACGGUGACAAGCCACUGACUUUCGACGCGUUGAGAAACAUGGUAUAUCUCAAUGGCGUCAUGAACGAGACCCAUCGCCUGAUUCCAAACAACGUAACCCAAGUUCGUGCAUGUGUAGCAGACACGGUCCUCCCCAUUGGGGGAGGCAAGGACGGCCAGGCUCCGCUGGCCGUCCGCAAAGGCGACAUUGUAACCGUUUCAAAGAACGUCAUGUAUCGCGACCCGGACUACUGGGGCGCCGACGCUGAUGAGUAUCGCCCCGAGCGGUGGGUUGGUCGUCGCGGAACCUGGGGCUUUGUCCCGUACGGAGGUGGGCCGCGAAGGUGCCCGGCGCAGAUGAUGGUGCAGACCGAGUGUGCGUACAUGUUGGUGCGGAUCGCACAGAAGUAUCGACGUCUGGAGUCGAGGGACUCAAAGCCAUACCAGCCGGUUAUGCGGAUUGGACCGUCAAACAAGCAUGGUGUCAAGAUUGCUCUCUACAAGUGA